UUGUCAGUCCAGGUGAGGGUGGGGAGAGGGUUUCCAGAGAGACCAGUACCACAGACCAGAGUGGCUGACUCUCCCUCCACUACUGCCACUAUCUCUGACCCUGGACCUGAAAUUCCUGCCCCAACUGCACACAGCAACACACAGAGAGAGGGGGAGGCACACACACCAUCCACUGACUGAUCUGUAACACACCGAGGCCAAAUCAAGACAACUAACAUCACACACUUAACUAGUGGAAAUGUUGAACAUUGUUGGCG